CCCGACUUGGUGCGUCAUGACGUCACAUCCCCUCGGCGUCGCUGUGUUUUUAUCAUGUUAAGAAGAAGCAGCUGCUAACUAGCCAGCACUGAGCCUCGUCCUCAAACAUGCUCUGAUUUCGCAGCUGGCAGGUUUUGGAGGACAGAGAUGGCGGUGUGUGCACUGACCAUGUUGGACGGUAUGGAUGGUGAGGUGACGGCAGCAGGAGGCAUGUUGCUUCUGAUCCUGGCCCUCGUCCUGGCUUGGAUCUCGACCCACGUGGCCGACAGAGGGGACCACAUACUCGGCACCAUCCUCACUGUGGGCACUCACGCCUCUCUGAUCGGGCUGGGCGGCCCGGACAGCUACAGCGGAGGACCCUCCAGCUCUGAUACCUCUGAACAGCAGGCCCCCCCGCAAUCCCAGGAGAACAAGCCGGACGACGGCGAGCCGGGGACGGAGAGAGGGGAGGGCGAGGGGACCGGGGAGGGAGCUGGAGGGGUCAGGACGGAUCUGCUGUUGGACAUACAGAGCAAGCAACCACAGACGAGAAGACUGCAGGCUUCAGAUGAGGAGGAGGAGGAGGAGGAGGAGGAUGUAGAGGACGAGGAGGAGGAAGAAGAAGAGGAGGAUGAAGAGCUGGAGGAGGAGGAGGAGGAGAAAAAGAUUUUAUUGCAUAUCCCGGUGUUAUCCCACUCCAUCACACCGACCACAACAACUUCCAUCUCUGUCCGCCUGAAGUUCUUGAAUGACACGGAGGAGGUGGCCGUCGUAGAGCCGCAGGAUACCGUAGGAGUACUGAAGAGUAAAUACUUCUCAGGUCGGGAGCACCAAAUUAAACUCAUCUACAGAGGCCAGCUUCUGCAAGACCCCAAGAAGACUCUGUUAUCCCUGAACAUCGCACACAACAGCGUGAUCCACUGCCACAUCUCCCAGACCCUGAACGAGCCCGCUCCAGAGGAAGGCGCUCAGUCGGGAGCUGGUUCUGGAGUCUCCGGAGGAUUCAGGGCUGCCGGAGUGGCGAUCAGCACCGGCAGCCUGGUGGUGCCCGUGUUCGUGGUGAUACUCGCCGUGGUGUGGUACUUCCGCAUCAACUACAGGCAGUUCUUCACCGCGCCCGCGACCAUCUCCCUCGUGGGAGUCACUGUGUUCUUCAGCUUUCUGAUAUUCGGGAUGCACAGCCGCUGAAACGGGCAAGAGACAAGGGCGCGCGCUUUGCAGCUGAAUGUUGUGAGGUAAUGUAAAAACAACUACAGCAGUGGGUGGCGUCUGGAGGAGGGGGGGAGGACAUAUUUAGAGGUGCUCAGAGAGGAUGCAAGAGUUGACUGGACCCUACAGUGUGUGUGCGUGUGUGUGUGGGUGGCUAGGUGAGCCUGAUUGUGCAUGUUCCAAGAUAACACAAAUCAACAAUUGUAAAAUACAUGAGAAGAAUAAUCUGCUAAAGCCGACCAUGACUUAGCCGCUCUACAGACACAUCUCUGCUGUCCACUCCAUGCUCGAACACCGUCUCUCGUUUGCUUUUACUGUUGCUGAAGAUCUUGAAGCUCUCCCGUGUCAUCGGUUUUAUACGCCACUGUUUCUGUGUUUAAAAAUUUAAAGUUAACCUGCUUAGACGUAAGGAUUGAAAUCAGUUUGGAACCACUCACUCAUGUGCUGUGUGUGCCAGUUCUUCUUAAUUUCCAUACUUUGUGUUUUUUGAAUGAGUCUAUGUAAAGCCAACGUGGAUGUAAAGCUGCCAGAGUGCUAGCCUGGGGGAAAAAAAAAAAAAAGUCAGAUGUUUUAUUUUUCAGAAACUCUCGCUCUGUAGAGAUAGGCUAAUUUAAAUAAUCACCAGUCAGGACAGUUUUUGAGAAGAUAUUGUAAAUAUGUUGUGUAUUUUCUGUAAAUAAAAAUGAUAGAAAGAAACAAAUGAACCUGCAUCUGGCACUUAAAGAUUUGGAGUGGGACAUUGACCUUCUCCUGAUCAUGCUGGACUGCUCUGGCUUCAGUGACGUCUCAUAUUAAAGCAUUUCAAAUCCA